CAGUUUUGAACUGACAACGUUAAGAGCAUAGAUAAAGAGUUCUCCGUGCUGUAUCAUAAAUAAAGUGCAUUUAAAUUCAAUGCAUAUAUAAACUGGUUCCAUACCUUGACUUGGUAUGAAAAAGAAGUGAAUAAAAAAUAUCAAUUCGCGUUAUUUGAUAGAGAACGUAAAGCGCUUACGUGCAAGAGUUCAUUGGACGUUACAAAAGAAACGUAAAAAAAAACAAAGGCAAAGUGAAACGACCUCGCACAACGUACGCGCGCAAAAAAACAACACUAAAACACAGAACUAAACAACACCUAUAAAGCACAGCACACACAUUUGCAGUGCAACCUACAUAGACCACCUUUCUAAAAUAAAAAACAAAACAAAAACUACAACUAUGGACGUUUGGGGCGUAUUUGUUGGCGACUCGACGCUUUCGUAUGGCGGUUCGAUGCGCAACGGCUAUUACCGCGACUAUGAGCAGUUCCCGUAUGGCACGCUGGAGCACGCAAGCAGCGCCAGCUCGUAUCCAGCCAAGGACUCCUACAGUCGAGUGCAAGAAAAAUGCAAGCAAUUGAAAUCGGAGAAGCAGCUGCGCAAGGAUUGUCCAUUCUGCAAGGAGCACAAGAAGCGGCCAUUGAUUAAUUAUAUGCGUAAACGUGAGUCGCGCAAGCACCACGAGAGCAUUUGCGAGGAUGAGGAGGAGCUGCACGAGCACGAGCUUGAGCACGAGCACGAGCACGAGGUGCAGCAUCAGGUGCCAAAGCUGUCGACUGUUGUGCCAACGCAGCAGAGCUGCAAGGUGUAAACACACAUCAGCAGUCAGUUGAGUAGAGGAGAGACAGACAGGUGGCAAAAUUAAAGCCAAAAAAACAACAACAACAACAACAACAACAACAGCAGCAAUUCACAAUGCCAUAUAAAGUUAGAUAAAGACAAAAAAAAAAAACAAAACAAACGAGAAAAACAACGUUGUAAAGAUGCUUAACGCGCCUGCUGGGCAGACAGCGCAAGCGAGAGCGAGAGCGAGACAACACGAGACAACUACAAUAAUCUAAUGCAACUGUACCUACAAUAACAAUUGCGUGCAUUUCCGCCUCUGACGUAACACACUACCAUUUACAAAGCAGCAAGAACGAAGAAAUUGAAAUGAUUUUUUCUGUUGCUGUUAACUUGAUACCAAUUUAUACAAGCCGUUUACUAUUUCUUUACAAACCCCUUUUACAAAUACCUUGUAUGUUUUGUUUUGUUUUUUUAUACACAUGUAUGAACAAAUUGAACGUAGUUAAUAAUCCAAUAGCAGCAGCCGCCCGCUUGGCUAAUCCCAAAUGACCUUAGGCAUAUAUUUAAAACAAACAUAAAACGGAACGAGGGAAGCAAAAUCGCCAGAAAUACCAGAAAUAUUUUUCUAUUUUGCGUACGAGACUGAGUAAAAUGUUUGCAGUAGAGUGCAUUCAAUAUUGAAUCAAAUGUUUUUAAUAUAGAAACAAAAACAAAAACAAUUGUUUUCAGUUUCUCCUCUUGAUUGGACAGCCUGAUACGUUAUUUACAGGAAAAUUAUAUUUAAAAGCAUAAGCAAAGCUUCAUUGGCGCCAAAACCAAAACAAAAAAACAAACACGAAAAUAAAAUAUUUAGUAUUUUUUUUCUACAAGUGUUUAGCUACAUGUAUAUAUAGUUUUGACCCAGAUUUUAUAUCCUUGUCUAUAUUAGACACACCCUAAUCUUAAUUAAAAUCCAAAAACGAAACCCCUAGCCAACAACAAAAAAAAUGCACAGUUUGGGCCCAAAGUCUGCUCGACAGUGUUAAACAAUUUAUAUAGAUGGGCGUAAGAGUAAAUUUAUAUAACUAUUAUAAUCUAAUUGUCAGCUUCAAGAAUGUUAAACAAAUUAUAAAUUUAUGGUUACACGAGUUAUAAUUGUUAAAGAAUUUAAUACUUGUUACUAAAUUAUGUUAACUACAGAAUUAUAAACAAACGAGAAAUAUACUUAACACAGCCCCAACUGUGCAACUAACAUGGACAAAACAUAAAAAAAAAAAAACAUAAACAACAAAAAGAAAGCGAAAAAAUCGAUCUAUUGUUAAA